AUGGAUCCAAUGGCGAGCUCCUUGAUGUCGCUGAUGGGCUCUGCUGUUCGGGGCGAGGGGCUCGGCAAUUACGAUAACACCUCCAGCCAGACAGGGCAACGGACCCCUCUUCGGAGGGAGCCCUCCGGGAGCCAGAGCCGAAGCCGGAGCGGUGGGGGCAGGCGAGGCGAAGGCGAGGAGGAGGGGGAGGAGAGAAAGGGGGGCGAGGGCGCGGCGCGGGAGCCGUCCGGGGGCAGCAGCGGCAGCGAGGCGGCGCCGCAGGACGGUGAGUGCCCCAGCCCGGGGCGCGGCGGCGCCGCCAAGCGGAAGAAGAAGCAGCGGCGAAAUCGCACCACGUUCAACAGCAGCCAGCUACAGGCGCUGGAGCGCGUGUUCGAGCGCACGCACUACCCCGACGCCUUCGUGCGCGAGGAGCUUGCCCGGCGAGUCAACCUCAGUGAGGCGCGCGUCCAGGUCUGGUUCCAGAACCGUCGUGCCAAAUUCCGCCGGAACGAGCGAGCCAUGCUGGCCAACCGCUCUGCCUCGCUCCUCAAGUCCUACAGCCAGGAGGCUGCCAUUGAACAGCCUGUGGCUCCCCGGCCCACUGCCCUGAGUCCAGAUUAUCUCUCCUGGACAGCCUCGUCUCCCUAUAGCACGGUGCCACCCUAUAGCCCUGGAGGCUCCGGCCCCACGACCCCAGGGGUCAACAUGGCCAACAGCAUCGCCAGCCUCCGUCUCAAGGCCAAGGAGUUCAGCCUGCACCACAGCCAGGUGCCCACGGUGAACUGACGUCCUGCCUGCCGGGACCCAGCCAACUCUUUUGCCCAACAAAAGAGAAGGCAGACACACAGGAACGUGACCUUCUCCUGUCCCCUGUCCCCGGGACGGGCUGGUUGGGCUGUCCCGGCCCCUCUCUCCAGCCUGGACUCCUGACCCCGAGAGGCUGCUGAGGCGCCUGGAGCCCGGCUCAGCUCCUUCGUCCACGACCGCCUGCCACUUCGGCCCAUGACCAUUGGAGGGGUUGGGCCGCAAGGCAGAGCAGGAGCUUGCCAAGGACCUCAUUUACUUUGUGUAUUAAAACCAAAAAGCUUUUGUCUUUAAGAAAUAAAACGAUUUUUUAAA